AGCACCAGCAGUAGACGCACAAGGCUAAAUCACAGAAAUAGAUAUGCCACCAUCCCGAUAACUGCGGCGGCUGGAAGUAUUGCCCUGGUCAUACGCCAUGGAGACCCGAGCUGGAGAAGAUGGAACCGGUGGAUUGUCGCAGUUUAAAGUAUUCCAAGGAAUACAAAGCAAUCGAUGCUGGAUCUCCUCUACAGGAUCUUUUGCUGUUACCAGACCACGAUAGUGGCCUCGCGAGUUAUCUGUCGGCACAUCCUACGAUUAGGCCUUCAAGGAACUCUGCUAGUUCUUCCCUAGCCAGUCUGACUGCGACGACCUCGACGACUGCUUCAGGUAUUCCUCAGUCUUCGGAAACUCCAGACCCCAGUUCGACAGUGACAUCGAUUCGGCCCUCAACUACCCCAGAGCCACCUCGUUCAAUGGGCUUACGUGUUGGGCUUCCAAUCGGCCUUGUGGUUGGUAUUUUGUUGUUGGUCGGCAGCUCUCUCUGCAUUCGUUGUUACCGCAAAGAGCGGCGUCGGCCGCAGUUGAGCGAGAUCCAUCUUACCCACCAAAGUAAAUUAAACGACCCGCCUGGUGGAAUAUUGCUAAUUCGACCAUUCAGGCGCCCUUGACGGCCAUAUUGAGCAUCGGGGAAUUGUAUCUAAAGCCGAA